CAUGCUCUCGGGAAGAACUUGUCUUGGUCAUGAAGCUAGGUUUCAACUCAAUGGCUUCAAGUUGGAAGAACAACUCGAACACCUGCCUUUAGAUGUGUUUGUCUCCUGUUGCCCGCCUAUAGAUUCGGCCACUUGGCAAGAAGGGCGAUACACAUACUUCGUCCAGGACAUCGACCCCCACGAUGUGAACUUCAUCAACACUCUAUGUUUCCCUAAGUCUAACCUUCAGUCAACCACGUCUUUGGAUUGCGAGUCAGAAAUUCUCAUUAUUGGCUUUGACAAGUGCUAUGCCUACCGACGAUGGACCACCGGUGAGAGUCCCGUAAGCCGUGGCGCGACUCCGGCCAUAUCCCUUGCUGACCUCCUCGACAAUGGAUUUCUCAAAGAUAGUCGUGAUGGAGGGGCAUUCAACAUUGGUGACAAGGCAGUUCUAGCCUUAUCUCUCGGUCGUUGCCUGCUUCACUUUUUCCAAGGACUGUUAAUGCAGCAGGGAUGGUCGGCGGAUAAUAUUCAUUUUCUUUGCCAGUACAAUACCUCUGGUAAAGUGAUAUCCAACAUCCAUUAUCCUUAUGUGACUUGCCGAUUUCCGAAAACAGAUGAAGAGAAGAUCAACAACGAAAUGAAAUAUUCGGAACUCCUCCAGAGCGAUGCACUGCUCGAGACAACAGUCGAGGCGGUGGACUGUGAGCUCUUUCUCUGGUCAUUUGCAAGACUGCUACUUGAAAUUGAAAAAGGACAAAGUAUACCUCUACUUAGCGAGAUCGACCUGUGGGCAGGCGUCAAUGGCCGGACAAACUAUAGCCGGGGGGACUACUUCAGAGCGAUUGAUGGGUGCAUCAGGUUCACCGAGACACUUCGUAAAGAAAAAGGAGAAAUUCCAACACUUUCGGAAGUGCGAGAGGUUCUCUACGAGGAGGUUCUGCAGUAUCUCGAGAACAACAUCAAUUCUUUCUCGAACCCUCAUGGUGUUAUUUGUCGGCGUAAUAUUACCCUUGGGUCUGCUGAAACCUCCUCAAAGUCGCUCUGCACCACACUGGACGUAGAAAUUAACGGAGCUGAGCUUGGGCCGAAGAUAGAUCAAUUGGCACAUUUAGAUACUAAGGCAGACGCAAACUUCAUGUCGGAGGUUCUAUUUGAUUUACUAGGCCACGAAGGAUCCGUUUACCAUGGCAAGGGCUUUGAUACCGGGAAUGGAUCUAUCACCCCCCAUCAAAAGGUGAAGGUUGAUUUCCGCUGCACCAAAUCUGAAAGAUGGCACAGAGAAGAAUUCAUCGUUAUAAAAGAUUUCAUAUACGAUAUGAUAUUGGGCAUUGGGUUCAUCAACAAGUAUGACGUCUUCCAAUUCAAGGGGAAUCUUUUGACGAUGAGAGCUUUUCCGGCAUAG